AUGUCGGCAGCUGCCCGUGUUUUGAUCUCCACCGCGCAUCAAAGCACGAGGUUUGGUGGGUUAUGGCAGCCCACUUACACAGUGAGAUCAGUUGCAGAAGAAAGUUCGAGCUCCAGCUCCAGCUUAGACGUUGGGGAUGAUGAGGUUAUUAAGACAGAGCUUUUCCAAGCAAUCAAGGGAAUCAAUAGAGGCAUUUUCGGUGUCCCGUCUGCGAAGAAAUCUCAGAUUGAAGCUUUCGUCAACCAGUUCGAGUCUCGGAAUCUUACUCCAGAUCCUGUUCUUAAUCUACAAAAGGUUCAAAGAGGACAAGGCUGGGAUUGA